AUGCGGAAGGAAACAAUGGAAAAUUCAACAAAUACUGAAAAGAUUGCAGGGAGAAGAAAUCGCAGUCAACAACGAAUGACACCAGUGACGUUCUUGUGUCACUUGUUGAAUAUCACCACAUUUCAAUUACUACAAAGUGUUGAAGAUCUGGUUUUGUGGAGGUCGAUGGUCGCCUAUGUCCUGAAAAGAUUAGAUCCGAGAAAGAAGAAAAAGAAGGAAGAGACACUGAACUUGCAUGGAGCUACUCAAACUGAUUUUUUCAAUUUAGAUCAUGCCUAUAUGCCUCGACAACCGUUUUUGUCCGUGUCCCAAGUAUUAAUUCCUUUAAAUGCAUUUCUUACGUUCUUUUUCAUGUCAGUGUCAUUAUUUGGUUUUCAACUAAAAAAGAACUUUCUUAAUCAUAUAGUACAAGUAACUUAA